AUGAGGAUCCUAAUUUUUGUCCUCACACUGAGUGUUUUCUCAUGUUCAGGGUUUCAAGUGUACGACUAUGAACUCCCUGUCACAGAAGAGGCUCUCAAUGCUUCCAUUGCAAGGAUCAAUUCUCAGUCAUGGGGGCCAAACCUGUAUGGUGUUGUCAGGAGCCAUGUCACAAGAGUUGACAUGUGGAACGGUGACACUUAUAGACUAGAGCUACAGUUCAGCAUUCGUGAAACAGUGUGCACGAAAGCUUCAGGGAGAGAUCCCUUCACAUGUGACUUCAAAAUAGGGCCUUUUGUGCCAACCACUUUCUGCAGAAGUGUUGUGGAAGUCUCCGGUGAGCUGAUCUCGAACAUUAUUGUGCAGUGCCAUCGUGGCACAUCCAGCUCCGAAUCAAUGAGCAGCGAGGAGAUGAUGCAUAUGCCAAUAAUGAACCCCAACAGGAGAGGCAGCAUUCACAGAGAAGACGAUGUAUUUGCUCCUGAAGCCUUCCGUUCAAGGGGAAGAGGCAGCAGCCGUGGAUACCAGCAUAAACCCAGCUAUUUCAUCUCUGACAGGAUUGAAUAA